UGUCCGUUGUUGUCUGUCACUGUUGUUCGUUGCUGUUGCUGCAGUUGGAUCACCAACGUCCUUCUAAAAAAAUUAUCGAACUUUACCGUUAUCCUUAUUACUGUUUAGAAUAAGGUUCUUUUUGGUAUAUCUGUAGUAACAAAUCCUGCAUAUAAUUUCGCUGAGAUUUAGAGGAUUCAGAAAGCCGUAUAUGGCCAAUUUGUGUGUGCGGAGACAAGCAUGUCAAGGAAAUGCUCGAGAUCAGUGAAUUCUAUUUUUUUAAUCGUUUGAAUUUCUAUUUAUAAUUGCCAGUGCUAUUUUUAACGCAAGUUGUCGUCGAACGAAGAACUACAAUGAAUGUUUUUCCAGACGAAAGUUGAUUACAGCUACUAGAAACAGGAACAUUUUUUUCUUGUUACCAUUAUGGCUUCAAUUACUAAGAGAUCAUGGAAAUUCCAGGACUUCAUGGCACACAAUGCCAAUGUGAAUUGCUUGGCUCUGGGGCACAAAUCAGGAAGGGUGAUGGUAACAGGAGGCGACGACAAAAAGGUGAAUCUUUGGGCAAUUGGAAAACAAAGCUGUUUUAUGAGUCUUAGUGGACAUACCACACCUGUGGAUUGUGUGCAAUUCAACCAGCUGGAAGAACUUGUUUGUGCCGGAUCAAGAGCUGGAGCUUUGAAGGUGUGGGAUCUAGAAGCAGCUAAACUGGUACGCACCCUUAACGGCCACAAAUACGCCAUAAAAUGCAUAGAUUUCAACCCUUACGGGGACUCCUUAGUCUCAGGCAGUGCCGACGCCUCCGUAAAAGUAUGGGACACUCGCAAAAAAGGCGCCAUAUACACCUACAAUGGUCACAAAGGCACAGUGAACAGUGUCAAAUUUAGCCCAGAUGGCCAGUGGAUUGCCACGGGAGGCGAAGACUCCAUAGUGAAAAUCUGGGAUGUACGAGUGGGUAGAGUACUGAAAGAUUUCCAAGACCAUGGGAAUCCAGUGACAUGUGUGGAAUUUCAUCCGCAUGAAUUCUUGUUGGCUAGUGGAAGUAUGGACAGAUCAGUGCAUUUCUUUGACCUGGAAAGUUUUAACUUAGUGUCUAGCGAGGGAGAAGUGGGAGCUGUCCAAUGUUUGUGCUUCAAUCCAGAUGGGGAGUGCUUGUUUGUGGGAACCAGAGACUUUUUGAAAAUUGUUGGAUGGGAGCCAAAUAGGCUGUAUGAUUCAGUGCCUAUGUAUUGGGGUAGAGUCAGUGACAUAUCCACUGCUUCCAAUCAGUUGGUCGGUGCCUCCUUCCACCUGACCAAUGUCCAAGUAUACGUUGUAGAUCUAAAGAAAUGCCGACCGUUCGGCCCUGGUUCGCCAACUGGCUUGACGCCGCCCUCGCUGGUCGACACGCGCGUCAACGUCAACGUCAGCCCGUUCGCUGCCAAUCAGAGCGUGAGGAAAAGCUUCUCGAAGGCGGACCGACCGCCGUCGCUGCGUGAACGCCGCCCACCAGAGGUCAGGACGAUCGAGGAAAGCACGUCAGGGACGGAUCCGGAAGAGGACAAUCAGGCGAAUAUUACGAAUUUGAAGGAUUAUAACGAGAUUUUCAGAGGGAGAGGUCUAAACAGAACGCCACCUCCAGAGCCUUUCCAAGAACCCGAGAGGGAUGAUCCAGAUCCCUCGGAACCACAGAUUUUAAGCAAUAUAAUAAGUGAUAACUUUGAAGCUCUAUCUUUAGACAAUAAUAUAAACAAUUUUAAGAAUCAUCAUGCUCCAGAUACCAAUCAGUAUUCCAGAUCGAAAUCAAACCUUGACCAAGUGUAUCAUAGUAGAUUAACGAAACAACAGCCCCCAGUGAGAGAUCUUCCUUCCUCAGAAAACCAGACAGAGAACAAUAAUAAGAAUAGCACCAACAAAAAUAGACAAUCCGGUUUUCGGUUGCAGAGACAAAGUAGUUGUAAAGAUGUACCUGAACGGCCUGAUAGAGCCAAUGCCAAAACUAGUAGUAUCAAACAUAGUGUCUCCGAGGCGAAUAUUAACAAAGGAGGCAUCAGUUCUCGGACCUCUUCCCGCAAGAACUCUUUUUCCAGACCAACAGCGACACGCAACUCCAGCGUUCCCAACGUGUCUCGGGUACCGGCCGCUCCUAGAGUGGCUGCCAAACCUCCCAUCCCUCCUGUUGAGUUGUACCUGAGCAGGACGUCUCCAGAGAAGGAGGUGCCUGUUGACGAUGAAGACGAGUUCGUACCGGUGUCUAUUGACAGGCCCGUCGGUUUGGAUCUGGACGAUUUCUUACCUAAAAACCACACAGCUCCCGGCUUCCAACAACAAUUAGCGAACAUGUCGGAGGCUGAGGUGUUAGGCGUAAUCAUCCGAGGACACGAACCAACUACGGGGAUCCUGAACAGCCGAAUUCGAAGUCUGAAACUUGUGAUAGCGCAGUUCCGGACGAAGGACAUGCGAGCUGCCAUCGACACCGCCAUUUCCAUUGACGAUUUAGCCGUUCUGGUUGAUAUGCUUAGCAUCAUCAAGUCCAAAUACUCACUGUGGAACUUGGAUCUAUGCGUAGCGGUAUUACCAAAAAUGUUGGACUUGCUUCAAAGCAAAUAUGAAACGUACAUUACUGUAGGUUGUGAUACACUGAAAUUAGUUUUAAAACACUUUGGACCUGUGAUAAAAAGCAACAUUCAAAGUCCUGUCGGAUCUUUUGGUGUUGAUAUACCGAGAGAGGAGAGGUACCAAAAAUCUGUCAAGUGUCAUGAGAUGCUCAGUCAAAUAAGGUCUUUCAUAGUGAAGAAACAGAGUUUACCAAGCAUAGGAAGUUCGUUCCGCGAAGUGCACGAACUGAUGUGCAACUUCCUGGAUUGACGCCAAAGACUCGGACACGUGACAGGCGUCCUUUACAGAAACAUCAGCGUCCAAGUUGGUGGCGGAUGGUGCGGUGACAUAUCGCUCAGAAGGAGAUUUCCAUGACUCAGACGAAAGUAGAGGCUGAGUGUAUUCUUGUCCACUGUUCUUCUUUUUUGUCGCAUAGGUAACUUUCAGCAAGAAGUUUACAUCUGUCCAGGGCUAUCAAAUAUGCCUAUUCAAACAAGUGAAAUGAACCGUGUACUGUAGUCUAAUCAUAUUACCAAAUUUCCCCGAAAAAGUUGUAAAGUCUGGUUUUAUUGCUGCAAGUUGUUCAAGGAGGUAUUUAAAACAUGGUCGCAUAAAAUGGGUACACCAAUCCUUGUGCGAAAACUUUUUAUUUGACAACAAAGAAUGAGAAAACGUCUUUUUUGGGAUCCAAUCGAAAAUGUUGACAGGAACAAAAAAUCUUUUCAUAUAAGAUUUUUAGGUAUUUAUGAGACCUGCAAAAUGAGACCACACAUAAAAAGAUCCGAAUAAUAGCAAAAAUGUUAUGGCCGAAAAACGAGGUAAAAUGCAGGUUUUGGCACUUGUUGGUAAUGCGACGAUAAUUUCACGCAACUCCUUGAAAUUCUUCAACUCCGUAGGAUUCAUAUAUCUAAAUACCAAGAUCAAUAUUGGAGUAUAUUGGUCAAGUAGUUUUUUGAGAAUUUCUAAUUGCUUAUCCCAAAACAUCUGUUUUCCGGUCAUUUCGUAUUUGUGAGUAAUUGAACAAAUGCGCUACGAUAUUCGAAAAACAUACGUUACUUUACACAUUUUAAAACAAAGCUGAUGUGUCUAUCAUCUUUUGUUGCGAAUUACUCACAAAUACCAAAUGUUUGAAUUUGUUUAAAAGAAAAAACGUAACCUUUGUUCUUCGCAUAAAAAUAACAUGUAUCUUUCGGAAUGGUUUGUGAUUCAUAUCGGGAAGGUAAACACGUGUAUUUUGCUAUCAAAUGCUCUUUGAACGAACCCUCAAUAAACUAGUAGUGAUGACCGAAAAACAGGUGUUUUGGGAUAAACAAUUAGAAAUUCUCAAAAAACUACUUGACCAAUAUACCCUAAGUUUGGUCUUGUUAUUUAGAUGUAUGAAUCCUACGAAUUUGAAGAAUUUCAAAUAUUUUCGAGAAACCAUCGUCGCAUUACCACCAAGUGUCAAAACCUGCACGUUGCCUCGGUUUUCGGCCAUAACUUUUUUGCUAUUAGUCGGAUCUUUUUACGUGUGAUCUCAUUUUGUAGGUCUCAUAAAUACUUAAAAAUUGGUGUACCCAGUUUAUGCGUCCAUGUUUUUCGCAAACCAGGGGUAUUUUCGUCUAAUAAGAUGAGACUAUCGGACUGUCAGAGAUUCUCACGACACCAUAAGUUGAAAGUAGAAACUUCAAUCUUUUUGCGGUAUAUAGAACGUCUAGAAUCCACUGCGCCCUUCUAUUUGGCAUAAAUAAAUCAAAUGAGAAAUAGUAACGAGACGUCAAGUGAAUGUCGGUGUUUACGAGCCCCCAAGUUACGGCGCUCCAUCAGGUCUUUUAACUCAACCAAAAAACUAGUGAACACUAUCUGAAAGUAUCACAGCAACUUCUUCAUCUUGGCAAUUUUAAUAAGAAUCGAGCUAAAAUGGUGGACAGGAAUACCUCUUUAUGGUGCUAUGGAAGGGAGAGAGAGAAAAAUCGACUAACAUCUGGAUGAAGAGGGUACGACAAUGCUUAAGGCUGUGGUAUGAGGGGGGAAGCUGGAUGAUUUGAGGGAUAAUACAAAGUGGGUCCAGGAUGUAUUGUGUACGAACUAAGGCUAUGCGAAACUUGAAACAUUCGUGUGUCAAUCUUCCGGCACAUAUUUUACAAACGAAGUAUUUUUUUAGCUAGAACUAAAUGUUUUAUCUUCAAACAAUCAACAAAUCAAUUUCUAAUCCUUAUAGGAACGGAUAAAAAUGCAGAGCACUUAAAAUAAAGAGAAAUUCUAUAUGAAUACAUGGUACGACCACAUAAUAGUUAUACCAAGUGAGGCAGCUUCGCCUCGUAAGGAAGAGUAUCGUAAAAAAGGGAAUUUGUUAUCUCACUGUUGAACUGCCCCACUUUAGUCGAAUUAUUUUAACUCGUAGAACUCGCGCUAUAGCGCGGCAAAGUUGCGAAACUCCCUAGAUUAUAUCUGCUAUUCUUUUCUUUCUCUCGCGCAUAUAGAACUUCUAACAAACAUUUUUAAUGAGAGGAAUCAGGAUUGAAGAUAAAGAAUAAUUAUUGUAAAGAAAAAAUGUAAGCUUACAAACAUAAACAGCUUCAAAGAUUUUAUCGCCAAUGGAUAAGCCUUCCACAUUUAUGCUUGUUACUGUCAGUGUGACAAGUUGCUUGUAAUGGGCGUGCGAUUUAAGUUCACCACUUGUUGAUCGCAGUAUUUAUGUUUUGGAUAAAAAUUUCAAAGAAAGUUGAAGAACAUGUGGAACCAACUCUUGACGAUAUUACAUCUAAACCUAAGAAAUUCUGAAAUAUUGUGACUCGUAUGGCAAAGUUGUUUUUUACUGUUCUUAUUCACUUUUCAUUUUUUGUCUAGGGUCUUUAUGGUUUUAGAUUAUCUUAUUACUCAUAAAAAAUUUAGAAGUUCCAACGUUUUGGCAUGCUUGUAAAUGUCAAGUUUCGCAUAGUACUGUUCCUUGAUUGAGUUUGUAUUCGGAAUUGAGAGGUUGAGAUCAAACUGCAUCAAUGCUCUCUUAACGUUUUAAAACAAAAAUGGUGCAUGCGAGGUCUCAGCUGAUAUCAUUCAAGUAGAUUUUGGAAGAUUUAGAAAAGUUUAAAUUAAUUUUAGUGUGUUCGUUCUGAGUAUGCUGUUCAUAAUUUCAACAAAAACUGGUUUAAGUAGCAGACAUGAGAGAGGCCCCAGUAACUUUCCUGCUAAUCAGACGUUGAUCGUCAAUAAGGUUUUCAGACUCAAGUUGCCCUAAAAUGGUGGUUUAAUGUUAACCAGAAGACCAUCACUGGUCUAAGUGGAAAGCUGUAGUUAUUUUGACGCGAAACGCACUGAACACAAUAGCUGAGAUGCAAAAGUAAUGUUGUCGCUGCUAGCCGACCAGAACUUGAAAAACGAAUUUUCGAACUACUGGUAGUUAACUUCCAAAUAAAGGGGUAAGAACCAAAAAGAUCUAAGUGCCGUUAUGCUUGUCUGGAAAUAUUCAGAUAUAUUGAUUAUUAAUUGUAAAAUCUGUAAAAACAUUUCAUAUGGGGUUUUUAACCCUUAACCUACCAUGUGAGUCAUCUGGACGCAAAGAUCCAUGUGGGGUCUCACAGACCACUAACUGGGCAGAUAGUAAAACAAGUUGUUUUUUGGAAAUAAUUUAUUAUUGUUAUGUAUAAAGCAAUAGGGGUCCUACUACUACAUGUAAAUGAGGAAAAACGGUUUGUUUCUAAAUUGGUUUCUGACAACAACAAAUAUCUGGAAAACUAUAUCGUAACUUGACCUAAUUAAACAUGUAUUCUUAAAAGCUCACAAAAAAAACAUUAGCGACCUAAGUAGGAAAAUGUAUCUAAAACAUUUUUUAGGAACCUAAGCUAUAUUAAAAAAUUGAACUCAAAGGACAAUAACACUGAAAUGCUCUUCUAGCAGAAACUAAUCAACCGUCUUUUUUGCGCAUGUAUUGCAUAGAGGCUUUGUGCACUGCAAGCAAAUCGCCCGUCUACACUGCACACAGAGAUACUUUGUCUUGCGAUGUUUUGCUGCAGGACACAAAUAGCAUGCUUUACUUGUUGUAAGCAAAAGCUCUCCUUCAUUUCGUUUGUUUCCGGUAGCCUCAAAAUUCUACUAAUAUUGCUGCGUAUUUCACGAGGCACUCGAUCAUUUGCUAGUCUUCUUUCCAUAUUUUCUCGAACUAAUUCAGCAGCUAGUUGUUUUACAAAUAUUGAUUUAUCUUUUAUCACCUCUUUGACAGCUUGAUGUAAAAUAAAUGAAUUUACAAUAGAUACAUCAAGAAUACUGAAGAAUAUUGCAAGCGACCAUCUACGUGUUCGCCGGCUUGUCAAACUUUUCGAGCAUUUCUCGUCGAGUGUAUCUAAGGUACCUGAGGGUAUUAACGCCCACUUAACAAACUUUUUUUAAUCUACUAAUUACGAGUGAGGAUUGAUAAAUUACUGCAUUAGUAAAAACAUCUUUAUUGAUAAACAAAUACAAAUUUUAGCCUUUUUUAGUUCUCAAAGUAUCACAGGACCUCUAUAGGCCAUUUCAAAAAAUGGUGUUUUUGGGCGUUAUUAACCACCUAGUAGUAUAUUAACGCCCUAUGGUAAAUGCAGUGUAAGGUACAUGAAAGUAAGCAAAAACUGAACUAAGCACAAAUAUAUUCUGCUUAAAACUAUUUUACAGUUUAAAAAAACAAGUCUUCAAUGUUUGGACGCUACUACCCGCACAAAACUUUCUAAUAGAAACGAAACAUUUUUCUUCGCUAAGUGAAAAGGAACAUUAAACAGAUAAUGCAACGGGUAUUAUUAGAGCAUUCCUGCAUUAUUAACAAAAAAAAAACAUGAAAUGAAAAACUAACACUCGGGGCAUUCAAAAAUUAAAUCGCUUUCUGUCAGACCAACACACUCCUCAUGGUACCAGACUUGGCAUUUCAUGCACUGUCUCAUGUCUGAUAAACGAUUUUCUUUGCAAGCUGGACAAUACCAAUCUGCAACUUGAUCUGGAACAAUCCUUGAGCUCGAUGGAUUUUGCUGGAACAAGUCCUUAGUAAUUGUCUGUGCUUUGUAGUUCAUUGCUUUUUCCGUGGUAGUUUAACAGUAACCGGUGUCGCCAGAAGUUUUUGGAAAGACGUUCUAGAACGAUAGUGAAUCCGUUUUUGUAACUCUUGAAGUGGCAAGUCAUCUUCGGAAUCAGAUGAAUCCACUAUGUGUGAGGUGGCAUUUUCUUUUUGUCUUGCAAAUAAAUAUUUUCCGACACCCUUGGACGUUGAGGGUUGCUGGUCGACGUCUUCUGGCCUAUUGGUGUCGGGCAGUAAACGUUGCGUCAAGAUAGAUGGAGCGAACGCCGUUGCGGGAAUGGCAUCGGUGUUAAAAUGAUAAAUCCCUACAGCCCUGAAUCCACUAGUUAUAUUAGAGUAGGUCAUACACUUGGACCAAACGUUGGUAAAAAUCUUGUUGAAGCUGAUUUUGUUAAUUUUUCGGCCUGGAUUCUCAGACUGAUACUUCAGCAUCUCUACAUCCCAAUGAUGUUCAUAAGAUCGAUACACAGAUUUGUCGAGCGGCUGUAGUUCGUGCGUUGUGUUUGAGGGUAGACAAUAAAGGGUAAUAUCGUGCUCUUCAGCGGCAUUAACUAUUCUCAAGUCCAAAUGACAUGCUGCACCAUCAAACACUAAGAGGACUUUGCCAGGUGGUUUAAAACUGGCAAGGUGCUUUAUAAAAUCAACAAAGAGCUCGGUGGUCAUAUAACCUUUAGGGGACAUCCUUACCAUACUGCCUGUUGGUAAAUCGUCACAGUAUUCUGGCUUAACUCUUUUACCCUUGAAAAUUAUCAUUGGCGGAAUUGGAUUACCAAUGGCGGAUACACACCCCACCACGGUAACAUUUUGUGCAUGUUCAUUUGAGAUAAGGUGAACCCUUUUCACACCUUUUUGUGCAAGAACGGUAGGUUGAUGGUGAAGGGUCAGACGGCAACCUGUCUCAUCCAUAUUGAAAAUUUUCUCAGGUUUGUGCUUUAACUCCAAUUUAUCUAAUAAGUUACCAAUUUUUUCAAAAUGGUCCUCUACUAUGAACUUAUUCAGUUUUUGCGCUCUUGCUUGAUUCAUAAAUUGGGCUUUCCUUUUUGAUACAAUCGGGUUUCUUUUUAAGAAAGAUUUCAUCCAAUCCUUUCCUGCUCUUUGGCUUUCUGUAUUGAAAUUAUUUGGGAUGUUGUUUAUUUCACAGAACUUGAAAACAUUAAAACGUAACGUUUUCAAGGUUAGCGCCAACCCUAUAUCGGCCAAACGCAGAAUCCUUUCCACUAGAUCUUUCUCUUGUUCUGUAUUUAGCACGGCUUUUCGGCCAAAUCUUUUAACGCAUUUUCCAGUUUUGAGGUGAUCCCGAAGUGUUCUUCUGGGAAUAUCAUAUCUCUCCGAUGCGGCUCUCUGAGUUAAGAUCCCCCUUGAUACUGACAGAAUGGCUGCCUCCAUAUUCGCUUCGUCCCAUCCUACACCUCUUUUUCGGGCUGGUGUUGACGAUUUCUUUUCCAUGUCUAAUCACUUCUGAAAUAGUUCAAAAAUAUCAUAUUUUCAUUUGUUUAAUAACGCCCGCUUAGGCUGUUUAAUAACGCCCACCCCGAAUUUGGCUGGGCGUUAUUACACGAUUCACUUCUUACAACAAAAAAAACCAAUUCAAGAAAAAACACAUUUUAACAAGCAGAACUAAUUAGCUAUUCGCUUGUCAUAGACCUUAAGGCGGC